UAUCACUUACUACUCAUUAAUUAUAAUAUUUUUUGUUGAUCUACUUUCCAUAUUUUUUUCCCAUAAUUUACUCUAUGCUCUAACUACUUGCUUGCUUCAAUUAAUUAAUAAUAAAAAAAGACAGAUGAAAAUAGAAAGAAACAAAAAAGUGAAGGGAGAGAAGCUUGGGACGCAACUGUCACUUUUCCCUCCAAUUUGGGGGAUCGGAAAGCACAGGAGAUUUUCUCUCCUUUUCUCCUCCCCUAGUUACUGUGCAUAGCUUAAAAAACGGGGGAAAGUUUUUUGGGACUCCAACUUUCCUCCUUAACUUUCUCUUCCCCUCCUUUUCCUUCGCUUAUGAACAGAGUGUUAAUGUCAUUACAUCAAAUUGAUCAACACAUGGCGUUAGCAAGAUGAAUUUCAUGCAAUUGUCCCAUUAUUUUGAGUUUUUUUUUAUCAUAUUUGGCCGUUCUACCAACAAAUUCAGACAAUGCUACUUUCACUUUUGGAUAAUUAUGGUUAAUCUUUUUGUUUGAGCCUGGAAUAUUCCAGGCGGUUUGUGAAGAACGAGCAAGCGUCUAAUCCGGAUGACGGGUGUACUCCAAGCUCCUUCAAAACAAGGGUCCGUGGGCGGUCACCCCGGACACCCUCCGAUGCUAAAGUUAGAGAUAUAAUAAUAGUUUUAGUUGUUGUUUAGAGAGAGAGAGAGAGAGUAGUUGAGUUACCAUCAAUGCAGAUAUGAAUGUAUUUAUAGUGAGUUAGCCUGGGUCCUGAGCAUUAAAUGCUAUGUCAAGCGUUCCAUACCGGUCCAUGCUUUAUUUAGACCGCCUGUGGCGGGCCAUUAAUGCCCAGUCAUGCGUUGUUCGAGGCAAGUAUCCUAGGAAUAUCUCCUUCCUCUGUCAACAACGACUCCUUGUGUCAGGCGGCCUACUCCCUGUCCCAUCAUAGAGUGGCCACCUGCCAUUCUCUUUUCCCUAUGUCCGCUCCUUCCCUGGGCCCUCUGCUGGGCCUCGCUUUAGCUCCCCCUUGUCGAGCCCUGGCUAAUCAACCUUCUAUGGGCUUCAAGCCCAACACUGCUCAACUAUGGGCCCAACAAUUGCCCUUUAGUCGUGAAAAGUUGCGGGUUUUGGCGGCUAAUGACUUUGCCAUUAAUAGUUGAGCGAUCCUCCUUGUAACCGCUACGUACUUGUUGCCCCUGGCCACCACAGAAAUGGGGGUUUUCUAGCCGUCCCAGCUAAUUCUUCGUGCCGAGACCGCCAGACAUUUCUUUCAAUUCUCAAUCCUUGAUUUGGAUCUCCCCUCUCUGUUCGGUUCGAGUGAGCGCUUUCGCUGUCCACCCCAUUUUGGUUCACGAAUAACCUGGUGCAGUCAGCCACGACCACUGCAAUUUCCGUACCUCUUGUUCGGAUGACGAGUGUACUCCAAACUCCUGCAAAACAAGGGUCCGUGGGCGGUCACCCCGGACACCCUCCGAUGCUAAAGUUAAAGAUGGAAUAAGAGUUUUAGUUGUUGUUUAGAGAGAGAGAGAGAGAGAGAGAGAGAGAGAGAGAGAGAGAGUAGUUGAGUUAUCAUCAAUGCAGAUAUGAAUGUAUUUAUAGUGAGUUAGCCUGGGUCCUGAGCAUUAAAUGCUAUGUCAGGCGUCCCAUACCGGUCCAUGCUUUAUUUAGACCGCCUGCGGCGGGCAAUUAAUGCCCAGUCUUGCGUAGUUCGAGGCAAGUAUCAUAGGAAGAUCACCUUCCUCUGUCAACAACGGCUCCUUGUGUCAGGCAGCCUACUCCCUGUCCCAUCAUAGAGUGGCCGCCUGCCGUUCUCUUUUCCUUAUGUCCGCUCCUUCCCUAGGCCCACUUCCUCUGUCCCAUCAUAGGCGGCCUACUUCCUCUGUCAACAACGACUCCUUGUGUCAGGCGGCCUACUCCCUGUCCCAUCAUAGAGUGGCCGCCUGCCAUUCUCUUUUCCCUAUGUCCGCUCCUUCCCUGGGCCCUCUGCUGGGCCUCGCUUUAGCUCCCCCUUGUCGGGCCCUGGCUAAUCAACCUUCUAUGGGCUUCAAACCCAACACUGCUCAACUAUGGGCCCAACAAUUGCCCUUUAGUCGUGAAAAGCUGCGGGUUUUGGCGGCUAAUGACUUUGCCAUUAAUAGUUGAGCGAUCCUCCUUGUAACCGCUACGUACUUGUUUCCCCUGGCCACCACAGAGAUGGGGGUUUUCUAGCCAUCCCAGCUAAUUCUUCCUGCCGAGACCGCCUGGCAUUUCUUUCAAUUCUCAAUCCUUGAUUUGGAUCUCCCCUCGCUGUUCGGUUCGAGUGAGCGCUUUCGCUGUCCACCCCCUUUUGGUUCACUAAUAACCUAGUGCGGUCAGCCACGGCCACUCCAAUUUACGUACCUCUUCUUUUGAUGACGAGUGUACUCCAAACUCCUGCAAAACAAGGGUCCGUGGGCGGUCACCCCGGACACCCUCCGAUGCUAAAGUUAGAGAUAGAAUAAGAGUUUUAGUUGUUGUUUAGAGAGAGAGAGAGAGAGAGAGAGAGAGAGAGAGUAGUUGAGUUAUCAUCAAUGCUGAUAUGAAUAUAUUUAUAGUGAGUUAGCCUGGGUCCUGAGCAUUAAAUGCUAUGUCAGGCGUCCCAUACCGGUCCAUGCUUUAUUUAGACCGCCUGCGGCAGGCAAUUAAUGCCCAAUCUUGCGUAGUUCGAGGCAAGUAUCCUAGGAAGAUCUCCUUCCUCUGUCAACAACAGCUCCUUGUGUCAGGCGGCCUAGUCCCUGUCCCAUCAUAGAGUGGCCGCCUGCCGUUCUCUUUUCCCUAUGUCCGCUCCUUCCCUGGGCCCUCUGCUGGGCGUCGCUUUAGCUCCCCCUUGUCGGGCCCUGCCUAAUCAAUCUUCUAUGGGCUUCAAGUACAACACUGCUCAACUAUGGGCCCAACACUUUUAGAAUGAUGAAUUCGAGGAUUUAACCAAAAAGCAACAUAAUGCAAUAGUCUGCUCAUUUGAUCUUCCCAUCUCUUGUCAAUGAUCUUCAACACAAUUUUGUAUUUACAAAAAUAGACAUACAAGUCAUACAAACCUUAUGCAAUCAUAUAACUAUGUUGGAUAUUCCCCAAAGGCCGCUUUCCUUUUUACCUGACCAAAUUCGAGGGACUACUAUCCAAGCACGAUAGUAUGCAAACUUACCCAAAGGCUCCCCCCUUCUCUUCUCCCUUCAUAACCUCUCUUUCUCAUCUAUAAGUUUUGUCAUCGAUCCUCUCGUCCUAAUAGUAGCGAGGAGCGCAACCCCGAAAGAUGAGGAGGAAGCCGGGGAAGCACCAAACUACAGUGGUGUUGCCUCUGUCUCGUUGGGUUGGAGAGAGAGUCUGGUAUUUGGGGCGAUUGUUGUGGUUGUAGUGACUGAGACAUGUCUGUUGGAGAUUCAAAUAUGGAUUUUUUUUUGUUGCAAAAAUGGGACGAAGAAUCACAAGUUGUGUUGGGGAAACUGUUCCACUUUUUUGGGUUAAAAUUACUCUAACUAAACGGUUUUGUUAGCCAUGUCAGCAACAAACUGACGGCGUUAACGGAACCUGACGAAUAAGAGAUUAAUAGAUGUGAACAAAUCUGAAAUAUUUAACUAAUUUUAGUGACCGUAUGAUACUUUUUAAUAAUCAAAUUGACCAACAAUGCAAUUUACCCGAUAAACGACGUAUUUUUUGUCAUAGGAUAAACGACGUAUUUUUUA